CCGCAUAGUGUAGAGGCACGUAUUAAACAAUUGCCAAUUUGUACUUUCUUCUACCAAAACAAAACAGUACUAAAAAAUAAAAAAAAAUGGUAAAUAAUAAACAUAACCUCUAUGUUUUUAAGAAUUUUUGCAAGAUACAGAAUUCGUAAUCAGAAAGCUAUAAUUACGUAUCUAUAUAAAAAAUUAUCUUCACAUUUCAAUAUUUUAAGCUGAUAAGAUAAGAAGGCAAUCGCUACAACAGGUGCCAUUGCCUGUAAAAGGUUAUAUUUUCCAACAGUUUGUUAAAGGUUUGUACAGCAAUGUCUUCAGUAGAAAUUCAUAAUAAUGUUGUGUAUGGACCGGAAGAAGAGCCUAUUCCAGCUCAUUUAUCCUUUGGACAGUUUUUAUUCGAUAAGUUCAAAAAAGGAGGAAACAAAACAGCAUUAAUAUGUGCAGAGACUGGUGCGUCAAUGACAUACAAAACAAUUCUGCAGAACAGUGUUAAUUUAGCAACCUCUCUUCAAAAACUUGGUUUGAAGAAAGACGAUGUAGUUGCUCUUAGCAGUGAAAAUCGUUUUGAAUUUAUAGUAGCCUCAUUGGGAGUAUUUUUUUGUGGUGGUGUUUUAACUACACUUAAUGUUACAUACUCUCCAGGGGAGAUAAGUCAUUUGUUGAAAAUAACAAGACCAAAGUUCAUUUUCACAUCACCAAUAACAGCCCAAAAUGUACAUGACUGUAGUGAAGAAUUCAAUUUUAUCCAAAAAUUAAUCAUAUUUGGGGAAUAUGAUGUUGUACCAGCUAUUUUUUAUAAUGACUUAAUUAAAACACAUGUGGACAUAGAUGGUUUUACGUUGGUUGAUGUAUUUGGAGCACAGGAUACUGCAGCAAUAAUGUGUUCUUCGGGCACUACGGGCUUGCCAAAGGGAGUUAUGUUAACACAUGUUAACUUUUUAACUUUAGCAGCACAUAUGAAGUAUUAUCUGGAGACAUCACGAAAGCAGAAGAAACAUGAUGUAGAAAUUGGUCUUUCGCUAAUACCAUGGUUUCAUGCGUAUGGCUUCUUAACCAACUUCUCCGUUAUGGCAUUGUAUAUGGAAGUUGUAUUCUUAGUACGUUUUGAUGAAGUACAAUAUUUGGAGACAAUAGAAAAAUUUAAGAUUAAUAUGACAACAAUUGUACCACCGUUAGCUGUGUUCUUAGCAAAAAGCCCACUAGUCCUCAAAUACAAUUUGAGCUCGCUUAAUGAAGUUUGGUGUGGCGCUGCCCCUUUAUCGAGUGAUAUACAAAAUGCGAUUUCACAGAGGACUGGAAUAGAUUUUAUCAAACAAGGCUAUGGGCUCACUGAAGUCACUAUGGCUUGUUGUGUGGAUCUUACUAGAAGGAUAGGAUCAUGCGGAACCCCUGCUCCUGGAAUGAGAAUAAAGGUGAUAGAUAUACAAACUGGUGAAAAGCUCGGUGUCGGCAAAGAAGGCGAAUUGUGGAUCAAGUCUCCGUUACGUAUGAAGGGAUACGCACAAGAUGAAACGGCCAGUAAUGCACUAUUUGACUCUGAGGGAUACGUCCAAACUGGAGACAUCGGCUACUACGACAAGGAUGGAUACUUUUAUAUCGUCGAUAGAUUGAAGGAACUCAUCAAAUAUAAGGGCUUUCAGGUGGCACCAGCGGAGUUAGAAGCUUUGCUACUAGAAAUGACCGGCAUUGCUGACUGCGGUGUGGUGGGGCUGCCCGAUGAAGUGGCCGGAGAGUUGCCUCUGGCUUUUGUGGUCUUACAACCUGGCGCUACACUUACGAGCGAAAGUAUCACAGAAUAUAUUACUUCAAAGGUGUCUCCGGCAAAAAGAUUGCGCGGUGGAGUGAUCUUCGUUGAUGAAAUACCAAAGAAUCCAUCUGGGAAAAUACUGCGGCGGGAGUUAAGAAAAUUAUUGCCAACAAACACAAUAAGUAAAUUAUAACAAAAUGAAAAGCUUUACUUAUGAAAUUGAAUAUAUAUUUCAAAUGUAUAACAAAUCAACUCAAAAAAUAAUAGUACAAAUAACAUUAUACUGUAAUCAGUAGGAAAAUAUACAUUUUUUACAAAACAAUA